AUGUUCAUAUUGACCAAGAUUGCGGACUUGGUCCAAAUCAAGCCGGCUCAGUUCGCCAAGCUGAGCAUCGAUGCCAUAGAAGACAAUUUAAACGAGAAAUAUUGCAACAAAGUUAUUCAAAAAGUGGGACUCUGCAUUUGCAUGUAUGACCUGUUAUGGGCUUCCGAGGGCCUCAUAGGUCAUGGCGACGGUCUUGUGAAUGUCAACGGUGAGAACCUGAGUUUUACCUUCGUUCCAGCGAGCCAGCCAGCUAGCGCGGGUUUCACCAUAUGGCCACUGACAAUGUUGAGUUUGAGCGACAAGUCGAGUGUCGCUUGGUCAUCUUCAGGCCAUUCAAGGGAGAGGUCUUUGCGCACUGACUUCUUUGAUGACAUAUUCGUCCCCUUUGACGAACUGCCAGAGGGAGCAACGUUCGACCAUGACCAGUCUCUCUGGGUAUGGCAUGUGGAGGACCAAGAGAUGUACUACGACAUCCACGAAAUGGUCCGAUUUCGCGUGAGCUCCGAGGAGUGGCAUGACCAAACUCCCACAAAACCUAUCGAAGGCAGUGAGCUUCCUGAGAAGAAGCCCCCCUACCGCAUCACUGGUACCAUGAAAGAAGAGGGCCUGGGUGUGUGCCUUUGGUGGGGCGACGAUGGUGGUGGCGUGGCGGAGGAAGAGGACGUUGAAAAUGGCGACAUGGAAGUAGAUGGAUAA